CAGAAAAGGGCAUGCAAAGCGGAAGCGGGGUUGCAGGGGAGCGGAAAAGGGUCUCGGUAAAGCGGAAGAGGAAGUCUCCGCACAAUCUAGGGCUGUGGCGGUAGGGGCUGGCGGUUGGGCUACGCUUUCAGUGCGGUCCGGGGAAGAAUCCUAGGAUUGUCGCUGUGGAAUGGACUCUUGCGCUCCUCCAAGCCAUUCCCAAACAGGGAGCCUCCCUAGUUCUGCGGCUUGUCUCCUGCGAAGCCGCCGCGCAGACCUGCCCCCUGCUGGGCGUAGGAACGCAGUGCCGAGCGCCGCGGACCGACGUUGCCAGAGAAUAAUCAUUUGGGGCACUGGCAGUAAUCAGCGUUCCGUGAAUUGCUGGACGGGAGGCCUGCUUAUGAAGAGGCAUGGAGUUGAAACAGGAAAUGGCAAGAAGUCUUUUGAAGACAUCAUCUCUGUGUGUAAGGACAAAAUUGCUAAAUCAAGUGGGAUUGUCACUAUAUAAUACAUCCCAUGGCUUCCAUGAGGAAGAAGUGAAAAAAAAACUUGAGCAGUUUCCUGGUGGAUCCAUUGACCUUCAGAAGAAAGACAAUGGCAUUGGCAUUCUUACUCUGAACAAUCCAAGUAAAAAGAAUGCCUUCUCAGGUGUUAUGAUGCUGCAACUUCUGGAAAAAGUGAUUGAAUUAGAAAAUUGGACAGAGGGGAAAGGCGUUAUUGUCCGAGGGGCAAAAAAUACUUUCUGUUCAGGAUCUGAUCUGAAUGCAGUGAAAGGACUAGGAACUUCAGAGGAUGGAGUGGCCUUAUGUAUGUUCAUGCAGAAUACCUUAACAAGAUUUAUGAGACUUCCUUUAAUAAGUGUUGCACUGGUUCAAGGUUGGGCAUUGGGUGGAGGAGCAGAACUUACUACAGCAUGUGAUUUCAGGUUAAUGACACCAGAGAGUGAGAUCAGAUUUGUCCAUAAGGAGAUGGGUAUAAUACCAAGCUGGGGUGGCACUACCCGGCUGGUUGAAAUAAUUGGCAGUAGACAAGCUCUCAAAGUGUUAAGUGGGGCCCUCAAACUGGAUUCAAAAAAAGCUCUAAACAUAGGAAUGGUCGAAGAUGUCUUGCAAUCUUCAGAUGAAACUAAAUCUCUAGAAGAGGCUCAAGAGUGGCUACAGCAAUUUGUCCAAGGGCCACCAGAAGUAAUUAGAGCUUUGAAAAAAUCUGUUUGUUCAGGCAAAGAGCUAUAUUUAGAGGAGGCAUUACAGGAUGAAAGAGAUCUUUUAGGAAAACUUUGGGGUGGACCUAUAAAUUUAGAGGCUGUUGCUAAGAAAGGAAAAUUUAAUAAAUAGUUUUUAAAAAUGUGGACAAACUAUAAAGCUCCAACAAUAUGUAUUAAAUGAUAUUAAAUGUGAACAUUAGAACUA